AAAGCUGCUGUUUUCAUGUCUCGCUCUCCUGACCGUCAGCGUUCAAUCCAUGUCCUUAAUUGCAGAGGCAAAGAGUUCCGUGACUAAAUAUUCUCUGGAGUUGUCAAGUGGUGGAAAAAGAUUUGGCGAACAGAUCGAAAUUGACACUGCAAAGGGAAUAGAGACUUUCCAUGUACCAAAGACAUCGCUCAAUGAAUCAGCAGGGGAUAUAGUCUACGAUUUCAAAAGGCAAGUGACGAUGGUUCGUUUGCUGGAAGAAAAGGCUUGUUAUAUGGCUGAUUCAAUCGAUGAAACUCUCACACCUGCCGAUUUAAAGGAAGCUUUAGAGAUGCAAACUCCUGGAGCGGGCGAAGAGUCAACAACUUCUUCAACUGAAACACAAAUGACAGUUGUCGGAGAGCUUGAAGAUCGCUCAGGGCUGAGUGCUGAAAUGGCAGAUCUGUGUGUGAAUCUGCCAAUCUAUGUUGUUACCGAUGGCGCUAUGAACCUCAAUGACGAGGAAGAUGACGAGGAAACGGAUGCGGAUGAUGAUAUGGAAGCUGAUGCAGAAUUUUAUGAGGAUUUUGAUGAAGACGCCAGCAAUUCUCGUGAAAUAAUCGACUUGGACGACACUCCUGACACACGUGUAAAACGAGGUUUCUUCCGCAAGCGGAAAGGUGGUAGGCUACUGCGCAAGCUCAAAAAGAAGGCCUGUAAAAAAGUGUGUAAAUGGGCCAUAAAACGGAUUUGCAGAAGAGUUCCUGACAGGUUCAACAAGUUGUGGCGAAAGUGCUUAAAUCUCCGAAACAGAGGAUGCAAGCGUGUUUGCAAAUGGCUGAUUGGAUAAAUUGGUCUAUUUGCUACUUGUGUCAAAACAAGCGUUAAGAAGUGCUAUACAGUAGUUUAAUGGACCAAUGAGCUUGCUUAUUCCGAGGCUUUUUUCAAAUUUAAUCAUCACUUCCGGUUUGAAUUUCCGUGAAAUUAAGCAUUUUAAUUUGUACAGCUUUUUUCUUCAUCCAACCUAAUGCUCUCGAAUAAAAGAAACGAUUUAGCCGCUUCACUAACCCCUGACCCCCGCAAAUGAUUAUCAUGUAACUUCUCCCCAAAUAUCCUUACAUUAUCCAGCUAACAGGUAAUGAGAAUAUUCAAACUUAUCAGGUAGAAGUUGUCUUAAGAUUCCAUUGAGGCUUUUCAAUUGUAAGGAAAGUUCUGAAGUAAAUUAGAGAUAAAAUGUUCAUUUAGCUUCAAAGUAUAAUCCUCACUUCACACUAGGCAGUAAGAUUGUUUGAAAAGAGCGUGUAAGACCGACCAUGUAGGAGACUGGGCGCGGCGUCCAAGGGCAAAGGCAGCUCAUUGGCCGAAUUUCAGUGUAUAUACCCACUACAAUAGAACGUCUGAUUUUCGAGAUGCCCCAAGCCUCUCACCAAAACGAGGGUGAGUACGGAGCCUUAGAUACAAAAAUGGUUUGUCAUUUUCUUGCCUUUCAACUCAUUACCAAAAUAAUUGUUUUGUAGUAGCUUUGUUUCGGAAGAGGUAGUUUUUGUCUGAUUCUAACAAAUGGCCCAACUAGUUCGCUAGCACUUGAUGUGGAUUUAAUGUAACGAAACUAAAAAAAUUAACUCAAUUAAAACACUUCGUUGGGUCAAAAAUAACAAUGUCUGUAGUGCAUUAUUUGUUUUGUUUUUGUUGUUCUAUCCCAGUAUUGACUUACAGCUCCGAUGUCCAAAAUAAUACCUAGCCCCCAUUUUUAUCAGCGUACCGACGUUACAUGUGGAAACAAGAGAUUAUAACCUGUUUAUAUUCUCUUGGUGAAAAGAAAAACAUCAACGACAACUGAAAGAAAAAAUACAUUAUUUCAUAACAAUAUCUAAACUGCUUCAUUCACAGAUGUAAAACCUUGGCUAAGAAUCUACAUGCUUUACUCUGCUUAGCGUACACCAUAUUACCACAGCCGUAUUACUU